AUGAAACUGUUGGUAUUAUCCUUGCUGGUUUUGAUCCAGAUAUCUGGUUCUGCCAGAGCUACUCAAAGCCAUCAGGGAUAUGGAAUACCGGAAAUCCCGCCUGGCAUGUUCUGGAACUGUGCUGAUAUAAAUCCUUGCGUCAAAUCAAACUAUUUGUAUGGAUUGUAUUUCUAUUUCCCACAUGAAUCGCCAAACAAAUUUGUGCAGUGUGGUAAUUCUAAUCAGUGUUUCGUAAUGAAUUGUCCAGCAAGUUUAGUAUGGAGCAGAAUUAAUCAGACGUGUACUCGGCCUAAUUCUAAUUAG